AUGUGGACCGAGCUGGUUUGCGGCGUGGUUCUUUACCGCUUAGUGAAGCGCUUUUUCUGGGAAGACGACGCCGUCUCCGAUCUCGAUUCGGCCCAUUUCAAUUCUCUCUUCUCCGUCGCUCAAAGGUUUGAAAAGCUUUGCCAUGGAUGCAAGGUUUACGUGGGGCUCCGGAUUCCUGACCCGGAUUCAGCUUCUCGCAAGAAUAUUGAUCUUGUUCUCGUCACUAAUCAGAAGGCAGUGGUGAUUUCGGUCAAGAAUAACAUAUCGGGUUUCGUAUCGAUUGAUAAGGACAACCGGUGGUUGUGUACUGAUAUAAAAACAGAAAAAACCGAGAUUUUUCCAGACCCUGUAGCUGAAACUAAAAAAUUAGUUCCUAUCCUUAAAGGAUAUCUCGAGCAAAGGGGAGUUGUUCUUCCAAAAGGAUAUAUGUCUUUCACAGUUAUAUGCCCAAGCCCGAGUUUUCCCUCCCAUAACCUAGAUGCUUUUCCACAUGCGGUCAUUACUUACGAGCAAUGGAAGAAUUUGAAACCCGAGCAAAGAAGUUUGUAUUCUAAUUGGAUCAAAGGCUCUUUUUUUACUGGAAAGAAGAAAGUGCAGGAGUCGUUUUGUGACAACCUUAACUAUGUUCUCAGCACUGCCCCAAUUUGGGAUAGGUUAGAGCUAAAAGACAACAAGUACAUUUUAGGAGAAUUUAUCGAGUUCAAAGGCAAAUCAGAUGAUCCCAAUUCAUUAAAAAAGAUCAAGAGAUCGAAAAUUAGUCGUCUGGCAGUCCACUCGUUCAGCAUGUUUGGUUUUGCUUCUUCAACAGUCAUAGUGAGGUUUACGCCUCGUGACUAUCGUGCAGGAGGACCUUAUCGGUCUUCGAAUUGGCAAGAAAGUGCGGUUAGUUCGAGCUCGGAGGUUUUGUUUCAACCGCAAAACUCGAAAAAACCAUUCAAGUAUAAGCUUUCUUCAGUUGUUUCUAUGGUACUAAGUGCAUGA